CUGCAGGGGUGGAUUUGCCUGCACUCAAGCUGCUGCUGCCAGAGCCCCUCCGUGUCAAUCUGUGCUGCCGUUGGGUUCUGCAGCUCUCUCCAGCAAGCAUGGCAUGAGCUGAAGGAGCAGCAGGAGCAGCAUGGCCGUUCCCCAGGCAGCAGGAGGGUUCAGCCCAGCACCAGCUCAUGCGGGAGGAGCAGAUGCUGAGGAACAUCCCCCACGAGACGCAGGUGGCCAAAGAGGCUGGGUCAGGUGCCAAAAAGGAGACCUUCUUCACCUGCUUCUCCUGUGCAAGCUCUUCUGUCUGUCUGCUGAGAUGUUUCUGCCUGUUUCUCUGGCAGAGAAGUGUUUGCUUUUUUGGCUGGCGAGCUGACCAUCCGUACUACCGUCGCCUUGAAUGCCUCCAACCAGCAGUGUUUGCUGCCAGACAGACACCUGGAGAAGACAGAGGACAUGCUGCGGUGGCUCCGAUUGUUACGCCGUGUGAUUUAUCUUCCUGUCCUGGCUGUCUUCCCGUGCUGGGUGCUGGCAGUGAAUACGUGGUGAGGAGUGCUUGGGGUGUGCCAUCCUUUGCUGUUCUCACUGUGGGAACUCCAAGAGCCAUGGAAUGGGCACAGGCUGGUGAUGGACUUCUGCAACGAAGCAAGAGAGUCCUCUAUGAGGCCAAGGCUGCUGUAAUGAUAAACAAAGAGCAAGUGCGACUGAAAGAGCUUUGCAGAAAGCAGGAGUCAGCCACCUGCCACCCAUCCCCUCCUGACCCCAACCCCAGAAACCCAAAGCAGCACUUGGCACAGGAGGUCUCUCGUGUUGCAGUCUCAACUUCAAGCCCUGGAAUACUUUGCUUCAGCCAGCAGCAUGGGGUUGGAUACCAACAGCAGAGUCGACUUAACCUGUGACUAAGUGAACUUUAAGUGUUCUGACUCCACAGUGGAACCUGAUAAAGAAAGAUGUGAAUGGAA